AGGUACAGGAGUUGAUGUUAACGCAGUUGCUGGGGCUGUGUCACCGCGAGGGGGAGGGACUUAGGCCAUGAGACAAUGCUCGUGUUUGUGCAACAGCCCCUGAGUGGAGGCUGGCUUGCUCUCGCUUGGCUACCACCGAUGCGCUCAUGGCUGACCGGAGAGGAAAGUGGACAGCUUGAUCGCGGCUGUGAGAUGCACCGGCGCAGGCAGCAGCGGGAGAAAGUUUGUGCGGUGGUGUGAGGGCGAGGGGGGAGAAAAAAAAAAGCAAGAGGGGCUGGCUUUGAAGAUACAGACCCGGCAUUGGUUUGGGCCGAAACAGAAAAAAAGGGCGUCCACUCCUGCUGUGUCAGAGGGAAAAAAGCAGUCCACUGGUGUCAGAGCGCUGUUGCAUUCGUUUGCAAAAGUACAGUAGGUGACCUUCUGGGGCUCAACGCCAAAGUGUGGACAGGAAGAGGAGGAGGACAAAAGGAGCUGUGGGCCAACACAAGCAGGAUGACGGAGAAUAAGAUAAGCCUCCCUGCUAAGCUGAUUAAUGGAGGCGUGGCGGGCCUUGUUGGUGUGACAUGUGUAUUUCCUAUUGAUCUGGCCAAGACCCGCCUACAGAACCAGCAGGGUGCCGAAGUGUACAAAGGAAUGUGGGACUGUCUGGCGAAGACGGUGCGCUCAGAAGGCUAUUUUGGAUGCUACAGAGGUGCAGCAGUCAACCUCACUCUUGUCACACCAGAAAAAGCCAUCAAACUGGCAGCUAAUGAUGCCUUCAGACAGAAACUCUCCAAGAACGGCCAUUUACCCCUGUGGGGGGAGGUUCUGGCAGGGUGCGGGGCUGGCACCUGUCAGGUGGUGGUAACCACGCCCAUGGAGAUGCUAAAAAUCCAACUACAGGAUGCAGGGAGGCUGGCUGCCCAGAGGAAGGUUCCGACAUCAGCUCAGGCUUCUGGUCCUGGUCCAGCUCCAUCAUUGGUGGCCAGCCGGCCAGCCCGGUCCGGUCCUCCCCAACGGACAUCGGCCACCAGCAUCACAGUAGAGCUGCUGAAGACGCGAGGUCUGGCUGGUCUCUAUCGGGGAGCAGGGGCCACCUUGAUGAGAGACGUCCCAUUCUCAAUGAUCUACUUCCCGCUGUUCGCCAACCUGAACUCACUGGGCAGGGAAAAACACGGAAGCCCGGGUGAAGUGCAGGCCCGAGCGCCUUUCUGGCAGUCCUUUGUGGCAGGUUGCUCCGCAGGCUCAGUGGCAGCUGUGGCCGUCACACCGCUGGAUGUCAUAAAAACACGCCUGCAAACACUGCAAAAAGGUGAAGGGGAGGACAGCUACAGAGGAAUCAUUGACUGCACACGGCGCAUCAUGAGGCGAGAGGGGCCGUCGGCGUUCCUAAAAGGUGCGGCGUGUCGUGCGCUGGUCAUCGCCCCGCUUUUUGGCAUCGCACAGGGCGUCUACUUUCUCGGAGUCGGGGAGACGCUGCUCGGCUUGCUGGGAUAGCAAAACUUGCCGUGUUGUUAUCAUUUUGCUGCCUCAAUCAGCAGAUCCAUGAACACAAAGAGGGUGAGAAGAAGAAGGUGUCCUUGUGGGGACCCUGCAGGCAACAGGGUGGCAAUGGUUUAACAGGGUCCUCUGUGUGGGCUUCAUGUCCUUAAAACCAGCCUCCUUGCUGCAAUGGGAGCUGGUUCUUCAACCCCCCAAAAAAGAUAAUCUGGUCUUGUUAAGGAAAAGGUGUUCAGGCUGCUAGCUAAAACUCCUCAUGAUUAAAUGACAAUCUUGCAUAAUAUUCAUUCAUCACUUAUUGAAUGUACAGUGCCUUGCAAAAGUAUUAACCUCCUUUGGCCUUUUAGCUAUUUUGUUACAUUUCAACCUGUUUUUAUCAGAAUAUUAUGUGAUGGAUCCGUACAAAAUAGUCUAAACCGGGGGCGCCCAAACUGUUUCCCAUCCAAGGACCAAAGUGAAAAAGUGUUAAUGGCAUGUGACCUAGCCUAAAUGUAAAUAAUGAAGUUCAUUUAAUUAUUUAAUUAGUGCAAAUAACAUAGAUGGAUUAAUAACUUGUAUUUGGAGGCCACAGCUCACACCUCCUGGUAUUUUUUACACACUUUAUUUGUAUCAAACAUUUUUUAUCCUAGUUCACGAAAACUUGAAUUUAGUUUGAAUAAUGUUUUGGACGACGAUUUCAUUGGGAAAAAUUUGGUUAAGUACAGUAUUUUUCGGACCAUUAUGUUAAGAACUGGUCAAGGGGGUGACCCCGGGAUGCAGAGACGGGAGGCAAGUUUGAAUAACAAAAAUGAAUACAUUUAAUAAGUCCAAAAAGUGUAACAAAAAGCGAUGGGGCAGAAAUGCACACCAUGAAUACUAACUAAAACAGGUUCCUCAGUGGUCGACAGGGGGGAAAAACCAGGGCGCACUCAGCACAGCAUAAUGUCCUUGCUGCCUCAAGGAGGCUGGGAAACAAACACAACAAAGUUAGAAAUAACAGGACUAAGGAAAAAUAACGUACCCGGACUGACGAGGCGAAGUAGGCGCAUGCACGUGGGAGGUGCAGGAUAAAAUAACCGGCAAGACCCAGCUGUGGGUGACGAGCUUAAAUACUCCUCUGAAGAAAUAGGUUGCAGGUGUGCCUUAGUGUCCGCCCCUUGCUGGAGACUAAUGAGCUGAGGAAACACAUCACAAUAAAAGAGAACGCAGAGAACUAAAAACACAACACAUAAGCCGCUAUUUGUUGACCCCCGUCGGCUUAUAAAACGAUGCGGCUAAAUUAUGGCUUUUUUCUUCGCUACCGGUCAUGUUUUGUAUUCAACAAAUUGUUUUCAUAAAACACUCGACAGACACACUGAAAAGGUGUGUUGAUGUUUGUGCUACGGCGCCGUCUUUUGGACGACUACGCUCACUGCAGGUGCUGCUGGUUGAAAAUGUAUUUCCUGUUCCGUUCUUUGAACCGAAAGUCUUUUAGGUUUCAUUAACUAUUCGUCGAUAGCGUUUCUGCUCGAAAGGAUUCUUCAUUCAUCACUCCAAGCAACGUUUGUAAGAUUUACAAUACAACAAAAACAUUUCAUACUUACUAAACCGUCCCAUGUGUGAUUAGUGUUUUCAAGCAUAUUUGUAUGCGCUAUCAGAAUGUAAUCAAGCUGGCGUCGUUUGCAUUAGCAAAUAUGCUAACACGCUUACAAGUGUGUGUAUUAGUAUUAUUAACUUACAAUGGCAUUUUUUUGGUAUUGUUUCAGUUUCGUAAAUUCGCCAAAACGCUACCGUGGAGUUAUUGGGUCCGUUUGACUUCUGUUUUGUUUCAUUAGCCGUUUUACUGCCGUGUGACAGGCACCGUUUAGAAACAAUUAAGGUAUGUAAAACAUUUAAAAAAUAUUUUGUACCGGUAUUUAUCUGCAGUUUAUAGUCCAGUGAGGCUAAUAUACUGUAUGUAAACAUAUUAAUUUGUUGUAAAAUAUGGUGGGUGUGGCUUAAAUGGCAGCGCUGUAAAAUAUGGUGGGUGUGGCUUAAAUGGCAGCGCGAUCAAUAGCCUUGAAAUUACGGUCAUGUUUCCUUUCAAAAUCGCAAAUUUCGAACAUAAAUUUGCAAACCUUGCCUCCACUCCCCCUAGGGAUCAAACCCAGUAUGUCUGCCCUGCAACGAGGUGAAGGGAAAUUUGCUAUUAUAUUCUCAUCACUGAUGUAGCAGGAAUGAGCUUGGAAUAAGUCUGUUUCAAAUAUAUGAAUUGAUUGAUUGAUUGAAACUUUUAUUAGUAGAUUGCACAGUACAGUACAUAUUCCGUAUAAUUGACCACUAAAUGGUAACACCCGAAUAAGUUUUUCAACUUGUUUAAGUCGGGGUCCACUUAAAUCGAUUCAUGGUACAGAUAUAUACUAUCAUCAUACAGUCAUCACACAAGAUAAUCAUCAGAGUAUAUACAUUGAAUUGAAGCACCCUGUAAUUAAAUAAUUGCGAUUUUACAUGCGUCUAACGCAAAAUGGGGUCCCCUACGGAUUGAGGGGCCCUACGAAAUGUGUGAUUUGCGUAUAAACAGGGGCGGCCCUGGUUAGAUUGCAAAUAGUCAGCCAACAGUAAAUGAAAGAGGUCAGUGUAAACAUGUAUUACAUUUUGAACGCCACAAAGCCCCACUUUGGACACCCCUAAUCUAAACAAGCCAUUUUCAUUCCAGUUUGUGAGGCAACAAAACACAAGUUAAUACUUCUGCCAGGCACUGUAUUUACGCCUGCCCUGUUAUGCAUUCCUCCCACUCCAUCCGUGUGCUCUGAGUUGUAAUCUUGGAUUCCCUGCCUGGAUUGGGAAGUGCGGCCUGUCAGUAGGUUGUUUGCUAAUCUGAUGAUAAUGAUUUAAUCCCUGCAUUAGCGUAAAACACACACACACACACGCAGCUCACUUCCGACAUACUGUAAACCUUGACUUCCUCUUCUUCAAAGCUUGGGAGCUAAAUAAAUUGGACCAAACCCUGACUAAGUAUGAAAAUGUACGAAAGCCUUAUCAUUGUUGUAAAUGGAAAACAAACUAAGAGCUGUUUUGAGUAUUAUUUUGGAGUACCAUUUGAAAAAAAAACACUAAAAGCAUUUUUCUAUACUGCAAAUGCAUUAUUGUAGUUUAUAUAAUUAGACUAUUUCAUUUUACCAAUGUAGAAAAAAAUGUUUGUUUACAACUUGUAAAUAAAGAUACACAAGUUUUCUGUC